CGCUCGAAGGCAGCGUCCUGACGUCCAGGUACAGCCGCUCAAUUGAAGCUAUGGCUCCGCAGCGACGGGCGGCCGGAAGGGCUCCGGAGAGUAGCGGCGCAGGUGCGGCGGGUCGGGCGGGAGAGCGUCGUCGUUUCAGCAGUGGCAUGAAAGAUAAUGCUCAGAAAGAUUCACGGCGGAAAUGGUUGACAGCAGCUUUCCUUGUCUCAUCUGCCAUGCUGGGUUAUCUUUUGAGUGGAAGCUACUUGCUCAGUGAAGAUGGGGUUACAGAAGUAUUGGCCUAUCAUGGUGAAAGCGUCCCAGACAAAUUCAUUGAGGUACCUUGCUCAGAGGAUUAUGACAGCCAUAAACGGUUUGAAGGCUGUACCCCUCGGAAGUGUGGAAGAGGGAUAACAGAUGCCAUAAUUAACAGGGAGGAAGCUGAGCGAAUCCGUAGAAUAGCAGAGAGGGGACUGUCCCUGGGAGGAUCGGAUGGAGGGGCUUCAAUUCUAGAUUUACACUCUGGAGCCCUUUCUUUGGGGAAGCAUUUUGUUAAUAUGUACAGAUACUUUAAUGAUAAAAUCCAUGACAUCUUCACAGAAGAGGAUUUUCAGUUAUACCGAAUAAAUAACUCAGAAGCAAAGACAACCCAUGAUGAAUAUUGGCAUCCUCAUAUUGACAAGGUGACCUAUGGUUCCUUUGAUUACACAUCACUGCUUUACCUCUCAGACUAUACAGAAGACUUUGGUGGUGGACGGUUUGUCUUUAUGGAUGAAGGUGCAAAUAGGACUGUAGAACCUCGAGCAGAUUUCCUCAGCCUUCUGUCUUCCCAGAGGAUAAACAACAUGGUAGCCGGAGGGCGGAGCUGGCGUCGCGGCGAUACGGCGGG